UAAAAAUGUCCAGUGACCGGGGCCAGGAUAGAAAACAUCCACGUGAAGAGAAGUAUGAGAGCAGCUCAAGCGCGUCGUGGUCUCGUUACGCCCGCGAGACGUACGAUCCUAUCCGGGUAGGUUCCAUCGACGGAACGGACGAGUUCCCGCACGAUCGCGCACUGGUGCGAGCGAUGGAAGCGACCUACAAACCGAACCACAAGGUCGUUGGUGAUCCGUACCAUACGGUAUUUGUCGGCCGGUUGGACUACGCCGUAAGCGAGAAACGCCUACGGGAACUGUUCGAGCGCUGCGGAACGAUCGUUCGGUGUCGGUUGGUGUGCGAUAUCGAGACCGGUCUGUCGCGCGGAUAUGGAUUUGUCGAGUAUAGUAGGAGAAAGUAUGCUAAGCGAGCCAUUGAAGAAAUGCACGGUCGAACGGUUAAUGGAAAAGCAAUCCUGGUGGACGAGGAGUGGGAGCGAAGGUUGAAAGGAUGGAAACCACGUCGGUUGGGUGGCGGCUUCGGAGGAAUGAAGAAAAGUCAGCAGCUACGGUUCGGUUGUAAGGAUCGACCAUGGAAGGAACCGAUGGGUGGGCAAAAGUACACCAGCAAAAACGAGUUUCACAGGAUUACUAACCAACACAGGGAAUUUCUUAACACAAUUCGGUAGGCUUAAAUUAGGGUUUUUUAUUAUACAAAGUUCAUCUAAUAAAACAGGCUGAUUAUUAUAAGGUUGAA